UAAGAAAUAAAUAAAAAAAGGGAGCAAAUGUAACUUCCCGGAGUGACCUCAGCGCCGCCAGCCCGGACGAGCCCCUCGCGGAAAUGACCGGCGCGGCCCCGGGACACCGCGCGGAGCGGCCCCGGGGCGGGGUUCGGCGGCGGCCGCAGCCAGCGCUUAUCACCCGCUCCGCGCAUCGCCCGCUCCGCCAGCGCACAUCUCACUGCGCCCCUCUCCGCUCCGCCAGGGCGCAGAUCCCCGCGCCCCUCUCCGCUAGCGCGUAACUCCCCGUGCCCCCCUGCGCUCCCAUAGCAUCUAACUCCCUGCGCCCUUCUCCGCUCCCAUAGCGCGUAACUCCCUGCGCCCUUCUCCGCUCCCAUAGCGCGUAACUCCCUGCGCCCUUCUCCGCUCCCAUAGUGCGUAACUCCCCACGCCCCUCUCCGCUCCGCCAGUGCGCAGAUCCCUGCGCCCCUCUCUGCUCCGCCACCGCGUAACUCCCCGCGCCCCCCUGCGCUCCCAUAGCGUCUAACUCCCUGCGCCCCUCUCCACUCCCCCAGCACGCAACUCCCUGCGCCCUCUCCGCUCCGCCACUGCGCAAAUCCCUGCGCCCCUCUCCGCUCCCCCAGCGCGCAACUCCUUGCGCCCCGCUGCGCACCGCGUUCGGCACUCCGCCCCGCGCAGCCAUGCUGCCGCUGCUGCCGCUGUUGGCGCUGCCGGCGCUGCUGUUGCUGCCGGCGCUGCUCGGGGCUCGGCGGGCAGCUGCCCCCGGUGCGUGGGCGCCGCUGAAGCGCUGGGUGCUGGGCUGCCUCCUGCUCUGCCACGGCGCCUGGCGGCAGCGCGCAGCCAGCGCGGGUCCCGCGGAGCCACGGCGGCCGCGCCCGCUCCGCCCCGACUCCCACGCGCUUGAUUCAGUUUACUUCACUGGCUUUGCAGAGACCAACAAGACCUUUGUGAUUGCUCGUCUUGCCAAACGGCCAAAUGGGGUCUGUGAGAUGUGGCUUUUCCUGAGGGUGGAUGGAAUAGGAGAGUUUGAACACCCACAACAUCCAAACAUGAUGGUGAGUGAUGAAUCUGAAGAGAUUUGGAGUGGAGGAGGGCUCACUAUUGAAUACAUGGAGUCCCAAGCACACUGGAAAAUAAACUUUGAUGGAUUACUCAGAAAAGGACCCUACCGACAGCAGUGGAGUGAAGAGGAAGGUGAACUUGUAGCAGUUAAAUUCUCUUUACACUGGGAAAACUUCACAGAAGUCUUUAACUUCAGUGUCGACAGUCACCCCAGCACAUUCACACGUGCUUUUGCUCAGGAGCCAUGGACCAUCGAGUUCUUCCAAAGGAUCAAACAGCAAAGGGAACAACACUUCCGACACGAGCAAUGGGGCCAGUCUGUUGGAGAAAUUGAAAUAAAAAACCAUGAGAAAACUGAACUUUCCCUCAAAGGCGUUCGGAGCCACUCUUAUGGUAUCCGGAACUGGUCUGAGAUUUACCGUUAUGUCAUGAUUUUGGCACACUUUGAGGAUGGAACUGCGACACAUUUAACAGUUAUUAAUAUGCCAGCUACCACAACUAACCUCACUGUAGGUUAUGUCUUUUUCCCUGAUGGGAAGAAGGCCGGCAUUGAGUGGUCCAACGCCUCGCUGGCUGAGAUGGCUGAUGAUGGUGUUAUCAAGGAUGAAUAUGGAGUCAGUUUCACUGCUGGUGGCAAGUACUUUGAUGUUUCUGCAACGCUGGAUAAGCAGGCUUGCCCGGUGGUGUACAAUGGCCUGACUGGAAGUGGUGUUUUCCAUGAGUGCAUUGCGGAUUUCCAGCUAAAUGGGUUAACACAAGGCUGGGGCUUGGUUGAAUUUUAUUACAGGGAUGAAGCAGCCCAGGUGGUCCCAAAUCUGCAGCUUGGUUCCAAAGCCGAAGGAUCUAACUUUUCCUCCUGAAGCUCUGUGACCGGUGGCUCUCCCUCGUGACCAUUUGCAGGCUUGUCCCAGCAGCGACAGCAAGCAGAAGCUUUCAAAAAAACCCCAAAACCUGUUAUUCCUCGCAAAAUGCAGAGCUUUGAGUGUGGAACUCAUCUCCGCAGGGUGCUGUGGAGGUUGAGGGUGUAAAAAGAUUUGGAGAGAAAUGAGGUAGAUAUAUGUUUAAUUGUGCAGCUCUUGGUGUUUGCUAACCGCAGUGUUCUGGAGACAAUAAAGAAACCCCUGAAGAGCUGAUUGCAGGGGGAGUGCACUGGGAGGGAUCACCCUAUGCUGUCUUUUGGUAUUUUUCCUAAACUCCCAAUUGCUCCCCACAGUGAACACCAGGACGUCGAGCUGUGUGGUUCUCUGACACACUUUAGCAGUUGC